GUAGCAACGUUGAAAGGUUGAAAUAGGUAGCUAGCUGCCAAAUCAUUGUUCUUACAGUCGGUUUUAUUUUUAAUAUUUACCAGCUAGAGCAAUAUUAGCCAAUUAUAAUUCCCUGGCUCAUGACUCUCUACACGUGUCGACAUGGACAACCGAUGUUAUUGUUGUGCAUCAAAGUUCAGCCUCUUCAAGAAGGAGCUGGGCUGUAAGAGCUGCGGCCGCUCCUUCUGCUCCAGCUGUUUGACUUCCAGUGCUGUGGUGCCUCGCUGUGGCAACACCCAGCAGAAGGUCUGCAAACAGUGCCAUGCUAAUCUGACCAGUGGGGAACCUCCGAACAGUGCUGGAAAAUGGUCUCCUCCUGAAAAUUACAAAAAACGGGUCGCUGCACUUGAGGCCAAACAGCAGGCACAGUCGACGCAGCCUUUUGCACAUGGAGGCAAUAGAAACAGCAAAGCAGGCCAUCUACCAACCAAAGGCCUGAGUAAAGAAGAUCAGGCUAUUGCAGAAAGACUUCAAAAGCUGAAGGAGGACACUGCGCCAAAGUCUAUCCCAUCUGAGAAAGAGCUUGAGUCUCGUCUUGCUGCUCUGAAAGCUCCCAGCCGGCCAGUGCCUUCUACAGGGGAGAUGGAGGACCGUCUGGCAGUUCUACGGGGUCAGCUUCCACCAUCUCAAGCUCCUCCACCUGUGCACCAGCCUCCAGAUAACAGGACUCAGACUGAACAAGCCAAUGAUCUGAUUACUCAGAUGACUGAGGAAGUUGCCAUAGACAACCAACAAUCAAAUCCUGAAUGCAGUGUGGAUGGCCGUAUGAAUGAUCUCAACAAGGGGGAGGGGGGAGCAUUGGAUGAGAAUUUGGAGGAGAACCAGGAGUCGGUCAAGCAGCUGGAGACAGAGAAGGCCCAUCUGCUGGAGGAGGCCAUGGAAGAGCUGAGGAAGGAGCACCAUUCCCAGGAUCAAGUCCUCCACAUGGCCAAGAGGCUGGCGCAGCUGAAGGGGCAGGACCCAGACAAAGUCACUAUGGAGGACUUUCAGCAUCCUGACAGUGAUGAGGAGACUGAGGAGGAAGCUGUGAUGAGAGUGUUAAAACAGCUGUCUGAAGAGGCUGCUUUGGACGAAGCCAGUGGCUACAACAUACCAUUAGAACAGAGUGGACCCAAGAACACAGAAAAGAAAAAAACAUCUAAGAAACCGGCUCCAAAGAGUAGGAUUUCACCGGCUGCUGUUGCACAUCAGCCAUCAGAUAGUGAUGAAGAAGAGCUUCCGUGGUGCUGCAUCUGUAACCAAGACGCCACCCUUCGUUGUCACACCUGUGAUGGAGACCUAUACUGCAACCGCUGCUUCAGGGAAGGCCAUGAUAAAUAUGACAGGAUGGAGCAUCGCACCACUAACUACACUGCACCAAAGAAGAAGAGGAAGACAUGAUAGUGAGACUAUGCUGUAGGUGUUUGCCUUAUCAGGCUCUGGUCAGUCCUUGCUGUUAGACUUGUGCUUUAGACUUAAGUGACCUAUUAUUGUUAUUAAAACAGUGUCUCAAAGGAUUUAAACACUACCUAUUAUCUAAAGAAAGCCAGAACCCUUAAUCUUAACCUCACCUUAGCCAAUUUGCCCAAAGUGGCUACAAAAAUGCAUCUAAGUAGACCACAGGAGGAGCAGCAUCUGCUUUCUGUAACUGCUAACAGGGCUUUAGAUGAACUGAACAAAUCAAAAACAAUCUGUAACAUUUAUGGCAAAGCAAAGACUAAAAAUAGACAUACACCUUAAUGUAAAUGUAAUACAACUUGUAUAAUAUGAAAAACAUAGCUCCUAUUUUUUCUGUAAUGUAUAAACUAGAUGUAAGUAAAUCUCGCAGAGGCUGCUAAACAGUGUUGGUAUUUGGUAAAACACAGCACAGCUUCUGCACACAGAAAAGUUUUAAACUGUCCCAUGAAUAAGAAACUGUAAGGUUUUUUUUAUGUCACUUGUCCUACUUCCCAAAGGCAACAAAGGCUAAUCUUAGAUGCACUUCACACUUUUUUUUUAAUUUUGACAUCACGUACAGAAAGCAGACACAUCAUGAGCUCAUCUGGGAUGAUGUACAAUCCCAGACUGCUGUCAGCUCUGGACUGAAGAAGUACAGAGGAGUCAGUAUAAAAGGAUUACUGAGGGCUUUGUUUUCUUUUGGCAGGCACUGCAGUCACUCUUGUAAUCUAUGUUUGGCUGCAAGUCCAACACGAGUAUUGCCUUUCUCGUCCUUGUGUGUAAUUUUAUUAUAAAGGAUGCAAAAGUGUUAGGCACUAUGUCAUGUCUUUAGGGAACGCUGCAUUUCUUUUUAGUUAUAUUUUUAACACUAAAGCCUUUUUUUGAUCACUUAAAUGAAAUCACUGAAAUGUCCCCGGCUGGCAGGUCUUGUCAAAAGCGUAGUCUUACAAUAUGGAUGUCCUCUGCGUAAGAGAAGCAAACGUGCAAGUGGGGGGUAAACCAAGCAAAUUACUGUAAUGGAACAUUCGGCUGAAAGACCCUAUAUAUGUGACAGACGGAAGGCCAGAGUGCAGUUUCAUCAGUGUGCAUUACUGUCAGCUAACUGAGGAGAAGCCAUAAUUACACUCCUUUGGGGGCUCGCUCCAUUAAGGUUUGCAUUGAGGCCGUUACUGUGUUUGCCUUUUCUGGCCAUGUCAGACACGCACCACAGACAGGAAAUGGAUGAGGAUAAUGGAUGCAUACUUAAUGGACCUUCCUGCUGCUGAUUUCACUGUGUUUACUCCUAGACCAGACAUGUCAACGUCUCCUUUGUUUCCAUCACGCUGUUGAAAAAUGUACACCAGAAAACAGAAGCUUGUAUUCUGGGAAUGAUGUGCUGACAGCUGUGCUACAGUAAGGCCUUGUAGUUGUCUCUGGACAGUAGGACAUAAUCAUUCUUUAAGGGUGUUUUAGAGCAGUAAUAAAGGACAAUUGUGGUAACAUGAUAGUUUAAAUGGAUAGGUGUAAUGGACAUGUCAAUAUUUAUUUGUAUGUGUUUAAUGAAUAAUACCCGAUGAUACGGUACUGUUGGUCACUUUGUUGGAAAUCAGGUGUCACCAUUUUUUUUAUAAUUCAUGAACAGCCUUGUCUUGAAAAUGUUCAAUUUUAUUUGGACAUACAACACUGUUAUCAGAACAAAAAAAUAUUUAUGUACAUAAAUAGGCAACCGAAAAUGUACAGUCGUACACAAACAAAACAGUCCAUCUGAGUAAUAGUCAGUACAGCUUUUAUCACAUGUGCAUUAUUGGUAUGUUUAUGGGAGACAAAAUGUUAUAGCAGUCCAUAAAUUAAAAUGAAAUAAUAAAAAUAAAAAAAAUCCAUUCAAAACCCGACUGCUGUGUUGUUAGAAUGUUGCUGCCCCCAGGAGGGGGCAGAGGGCAGACAGAAAGUCCCACAGACGUGUGAACCGCACAUACAGGCAUCCAAACAGAUAACGGAUGGGAGGAUAAGAGGCUCCACAUUCUCUCAAUUCUUUAUUGACCUAUAAUUAUUUCUUCAAGGGACCUGACAUUUUGCGUAGACCCUUUAUCCUGUAGAGCAGCCCAUUGAUAAAAUCCUGUGGGGAAGAUGGAAACAAUUGAUUUUUUUUUUUUUUUUGCAUGUAACUUUUACAGGCUUAGACAAGACAACAGUAACAGCAAACAAGUAUUUUCUUUUCUGUCAAAUAUUGAAAACGCUAUAUGCUUGUGUGUAGUCUCAUGUAAGUAUAUAUUUUUUGUCUCACCUCUUUUGGCUUUCCACAUUCCUGCAACAACUCCUAACAAAGAGAACAAACAGGUUGGCUCACUAACAACAUUGGACAUUGCUUUUUCACUGCAAACAUUGCAACACUGGAUUCCAGCAAGGGUCGAGUGCUUGUUAAGCUAUUACCCAGCAUUGCAAAUAGUUAGCUAUGUAUUCAGGUGUCAAUUGGGAACAAGGUGUUAAAAGGUUCAAAUUUUGCCUGAAUGUUGGACUCCUGGGACUCAGGUUGUCCUUUGAAAAACAGUUCCAUUAAGCAAUAAAUUACUGAGUAUAUAAUGCAGUGUGAAUAAUGUUAUUGUUUUUAAGCUAACUUGCACAAUAUUACCUGCAGCCGGGUUCUCUGCCCCUCGUCUGUCAGCUCCAGGAGCUCAUCUAUGUCAAUCUCUAACUCUGGAAUCUCUUCCUCCUGUAAAAGCAUUAAGAAACAAAAGUUAGGCUCUAUGGUUAAUAUUUCUCUAUUAUUAUAUUGCCCACACUUGUAUUUCUGCAUGCUACAAAGGCUCUUGUAUAAUGUGGGCUUCUUGCCAUCCUUUCACACACAGUGGUAAGACUAUCCACACCACUGAGCAAAGUCAUUCAGAAGGAAAAGAAAGUGUAAGAUAUGAUCCAUAAUGUGAUGCAACAUGGCAGGGGUUUCAUUUCAGCACAGUAAUGAAAUUGUUGCCGCUGUAGUACUGUAUAGAGGCUGUUGAAUUGUCAAGAGUUGACACUGUACUUUUAUCAGUAGGCAAUUAUCUGAUUUUAUAGUGUUGGCUGUAUUGUUGGAAUAAGAAUAAACACUUCCUUAAUAAUUUCCCAUAACAA